AUGGAGAACUCACGCAUCAGCAGCGAAAUCGACCCCCACGUGCAUGAAGAAGGCAAGAAGGAAGCGAUAUGGUCGUCAUUCAAGUUACGAUGCAAUGCAUGUUGGGAAGUCCUGUGUGGGUCCAACGGCCCACAGACAUGCUAUCGAACGUCGUGCAGUCAUAUCUUCUGCGAGAAAGACGCGUACAAGCACUUUGGAGAUGGCGACCUCACCUGUCCUGCAUGUCAAGAAGACUUGAGUCAAAGGCCUGGUAGCAUUUGCGAAAUGACUGUUAAAAGCGCCACAGAUCCAAGAAAACUAGAGGUGAUUUGGGAAGAAAUGCUUGCCGAUCCAACAUCCUGCCUGGGCCAAAUUCAAGGCGCAUUUGCUUUUCUUUUGUUCCAGCAUGCCCAGGAGAAUUUCAGACAGGAGCGCUUACGAAACGCACUGGUCGAAGAACACAAUGGAUACCAGCAGCAGCAUGGCGAGCGAUAUCUACAAAUGAAGAGCUACACUGAAAAGCUUGAAGAAGAACUGCAGGAGUUCAAGAACAAAGUGACGACGUUAACAACGUCGAAUGACGACUUGCGUGAAGCGUACAAGGACAAAUCUCGAAAGUGCCGAAACUGGGAAAAGAUGGUCAAAGCACUCAAGACUCAAAAUCAAGGCCCUGGGCAACGGGUGAUGUCUGCUCAACCGUCGGGGCGACUGCCUUUGGGGCCUUCGUCGCCAAAAUUUGCCAAUACCAUGGCGAGCGUCGCCAGCUCGAAGCCGAUGCCCCGUCCUCCGUACGCAUCCAACAAUGGGACACAACGCCCUGGGCUCCAGGCAUUGAAGGCGCCGGAUUUCGAAGCAGCGGCAGCAGCGUUCACAUGCCAACUCCCUUGCCACACCCUGGGCCAAACACUCGCUCGAGCAAGAAGAGAUACGCUUGA